AUGGACGAGCUGUCAGACUUUCCUCGUCGUAGAGGCGACCCGUCAGCACAAUCAGCGCGGGGAUGGAAAGCGCACUCAUUGGACUUUGCACUCGGAAGUCCUUCGUCUUUUUGGGCAGGGAAGGAUCUGAUUGCCUGCCUGGAGUUGGCUUAUGCUCUUUUGAUCUGGCAAUAUACUGGAGAUGGCUCCGCAGCCUUUCUGACCGGGAACCUAAAUGACGACGGCUCGGUGUGUCAUCGCAAGCAAAUAGUGUCUAUCCCUGACCAGACCAUCCGAAGUGCACAUGAAGCUCUGCAGCAAUCUCGGGCCCCGUUUGCCCACUCGGGUCGUGUGUCGCCAUGUGUCUUAGUACAUUCGACUGAAAAGCUCAACGCGGACAUCUUCUCGAAUUCGAAACGCUGGCAGGAAGCCGAGAUCUCAGUUCAGAUAUUUUACAAUCGACCUUCGCUCGAUUCUCAUGAUCGACUAGAAAGUCUCGACUCUCUUACGGAGAAUGACAAAGAAUUUCUGUCACGCUCAAAUAGGAACAUCCAAGACCUCGACAACAGAACCAUACACGAAAGUAUUGCCACGAAUGCAGACCGCGACCCCGUCGGACUUGCAGUCGACGCGUGGGAUGGCCAGCUCAGCUAUACUCAGCUGCAGCAUGAAGCACGUCCGCUGACUGCGAUGCUACUUCGUUCAGGACCCCGGAAAGGAUCGGCGGUUGCCAUUCUCCACGAAAAGUCUAAGUGGUAUGCCUCGUACAACUAUUCUGCCUCUGUGUUUGACAUGUUGUCAGCCCUGAUACUAGGCGGCACAAUCUGCAUUCCAGACCCUGGAGAGCGAAUGAACGACCUCGAGAGCGCCAUCCGUCGAUUUCAGCCUGAUUUUGUUUACAUGACGUCUUCUGUGGCGAAAGGUCUUCGUCCUGAGAGAAUUCCGAGUAUCAAGACAAUCAGCUUGGUCGGUGAGCCUAUUCCCGCAUCAGUCGCAGAAACCUGGCUGGCAGCACCUACUAUUACACUGCGAAAUGGUUAUGGUCAAAGCGAAGGUUGUGGCAUCAACAGCACUGCCAUUCUGUCGUAUCGAGAGGCCAACUACAGGAGCAUCGGUCACGGAGAGUGGCUGAGGCGCUGGAUUGUCGAUCCCCAAAAUCCUGACCGCCUCUUGCCGGUGGGUGCUGUGGGAGAAUUGCUGCUCGAGGGACAUAGUCUCGCAAGCGGCUAUAUCAAUGAGCCCGAGAAGACUGCCGCGACAUUUAUCAAGUCGCCAAGAUGGGCGAACAGCUUCAGCGCGGGCCUAGAUGGACGUCGCUGGUACCGAACAGGAGACCUUGCACAGUAUCAGGAAAAUGGCGAAUUGUUCUUAUUUGGCCGCGGAGACGCUCGUUUCAAAAUUCACGGCCAGCGCGUAGAAGCCGCGGAGAUUGAACAUCACAUCGCCGAAGCUUUCCGUGAUGAGAUACAACAGCCUGUGGCGCCGGUAAACGAUUCACUGUCGCUCACUGAUUUCCAAGUAGAAUACAUGCCGAGUCCUGAAGGUACUCAUCGCGGUCUGCUGUGCAAGUUUCUAUUUGCCUUUCCAGCAGCCACAGACGAAAACCAGCUGGGCCGUGCUCUGUCGGCAUGGAUCGAGAGGACUGAGGCAUUGCGAUUGACAUUUCUCAAAACUGCCAAGGGCGAUGUCGUGCAGAAAGUGAUACCGUCCCACGACAGCGCUUGGCGAGCGCGUAUACAUUUAGGAAUCGAAAUACAGCAAACCGACGCUUUAUCUUCAAGCCAUGACUUCUUCCAGCACCCAGUUCUUGCAGUCGUGCAUCGGAAAUCACAUGUCCCAUCGGACCGGGCGCGCGUCACGCUUCACAUCAGCCAUAGCAUUCUUGACGGCAGCUCUUUUCAGCACAUGCUCCACGAUCUAGUCGAUCUAUCCCUGGGUACCAAUGUACCGUCGCGACCGAAUUUCACGACCUACCUGAGCCAGAGAUUAUUAAGACGAUCAGUCGAGGAUCUAAGCUACUGGACCUCGCUGCUCCGUGACUCUUCACCCACCGAUCUGCGAGGUCAACUUGGUGCAAUGGAUCCAACACCCAGACAGACUUUGCCGCAUUUGGGCGACCUCAGCCUUAGACGGUUCAUCUACCUGGACAGAUCACACCCGGAUCAGACUAACACUCCGAUGUCUUCGAUCGUGCACAGCGCCUGGGGGUUGGUCCUCGCCGUUCUCUCCACUCGCUCCGACGUCAUCUUUCGAUAUCUGGCUCACGGGCGAGACGAAGACGUCGAUGGCAGCGAUGCGAUCAUCGGCUGCUGCGCGAGCGAAGUGCCUCUACGCCUACAGAUUCUCAACGGCACGAGUACCGCCGAGCUCAUCAACACCACCCAUAACCAAAUUCUGCAUUCCUCGCCACACGUCCAACUAGGCUCCGCAACCAUCGCAGCGAAAUGCACGCAGUGGCCAUCGACCACCACCAAACCGCCCACAAGCGGCUACUACAGCAGUCUCGUGCACCACAAAAACAUCUCAUCGCCUGCACAUAUCCCCGUUGGAGAUCUCGGGUACGUGCACCUCGAACACUCGGACUGGGAGGGUGACUUGGACUACGACUUUGAUCUGUGCACCGAGUCUGCAAGCUCCAGCGAGCUGUAUAUCGAACUGCGAUGUAUGAAGUCGUUGUAUAGUCUGCAGGAGCUCGAUGCGGUCGGAAGAGCCUUUGUCAUGACUAUGCGGUUGUUGACGGGCGCGGAAACACUCUCGGUGAAGGAGUUGAUGGCACGUCUGCGUGCUGUUCCGUCACUGCCCAUCGUUGAGGCAUCAUCGGCGACGGCUGCCGCUGCCACUGCACAGAUCCAGGCUGCUGCUGAUGGAAACGUUAAGAAGAAACCUUGGAACAUGAUGGCAUGCGCUCUCAUGUAA